AUGUUGCAGAUCGUUGACCGAGACAUGCAUGUGCAUGAUCUGCUGCACUCUGCUGUCUCCGUACCGGAAGCCAUCCGCACACAGCAGACAGUACAGGACAUCCUUGAGCAGGGCAGCUUCCACCUCCGCAAGUGGCUCAGCAAUAGCUCGGAGGUGAUGGACGGCGUACCGGAAGCUGACCGCUCACCGCAGCUCGUAGCUAGCAUCAAUGAUCAUGAUCACUGUGCGCUACCAUCAGUCAAGACGCUAGGCGUGAUGUGGUCGGCAGAGGAUGAUACCUUCGCCUUUGAGUUCAAGCCGCCCGCAACAGAGAAGCUGACCAAGCGAGCCGUGCUGAGUAAGAUGGCAUCUAUAUUCGACCCACGCGGACAACUAGCUCCCUUCACGAUUCGCUCUCGUGUCAUGUUCCAGGAGCUGUGCAUCCUCGGCGUGGGCUGGGAUGAUCCACUGGACGCUGAGCACACGCGGAGAUGGACGUCCUGGUUCAGCGAGCUGGGAGAUCUGGCGCUGAUCCGUGCGCCGCGCUGCUUCAAGUGUCCGGGUCGCGAGUCGUCUGUCGCUACAUUGUCGCUGUACGUGUUCACGGAUGCUUCAGAUGCCGCCUACGCCGCUAACGUGUACGUCCGUGCUGAGUUCCCAGAUGGCAAUGUGCGAGUGACGCUAGCACUAGCCAAGGCGCGUCCAUGUCCCAUUAAGAAGAUGUUGAUCCCGAAGCUGGAGCUGAAGGGUGAUGUGCUUGGUGUUUGCCUGGCCAAGACAGUGAAUGACGCGCUAGAUCUGCCGCAGGCUGAUGCCACCUUCUGGUCCGACUCGAUGAACGUGCUUCACUGGGCGAGAGCACAUUCCAGAAAGUUUAAAGUCGACGUGGGCAACCGGAUAGCUGAAGUACAAGAGUAUUCAGCUGGCAGCCAGUGGAACCACGUUCCUGGAAAGCUGAACCCAGCCGACAAGGGCACCAGAGGCUUGACAGCAGCCCAGCUAGCCAGUGAUUCAGUAUACACGAGAGGGGAUCCGGAAGCAGCGAGUGCAGCAGUCGACUCUGUGGAGCUGAAGUCUGAUGAGCUCCAGCGUGCCGAAUGUCACUGGUAUGCGAUCGCACAAGCAGAGAGCUAUCCCGCUUCGUAUCGGCAGCUGACGUCAGGGAAGUCCCUUGCAGCGAAUGACCCGCUGCUACGGCUGAAUCCAGUGCUCGACAAGGAUUACCCGUGUGUACUACGCGUUGGAGGUCGUCUGAAGACUGCCAGCCACUUGCCUGAGCAUACCCGGCAUCCGAUAAUCUUGCCACAGCACCAUCGGAUUACUCAGCUGAUAGUCGACGCCGAAGAUCGCAAGUGUGACCACAGUGUUGGCCCAAACCACCUCUUGGCAAACCUGAUGCUGCGGUUUUGGAUCAUCCGUGGCAAGGUUGUCACACGAUCUCACCGUGCACACUGCGUGCUCUGCAAGAAGAAGUGGGCCACUGUGGCUUCGCAGCAGAUAGCACCGCUCCCGCUAUUCCGAACAGCUCCACCGUACCGGGCAUUUUCAAGAGUGGGAGUUGACUAUGCCGGUCCGUUCCGAACAAAACAAGGACGUGGCAAGACCCAGCUCAAGAGGUACCUCUGUGUCUUCUCUUGUUUGCAAUCUCGAGCCUGUCAUUCCGAGAUGGCGUAUGGCCUGGACACCGAGUCGUUUCUGCUAGCAUUCACCCGUUUCUGCAAGCGCAGAGGCGUGCCAGCUGAGGUCGUGUCAGACAACGAGACGAACUUUGUCGGUGCAGAGCGCGAGCUAAGAGAAGCCGUUCAAGCGCUAGGUUCUGAUGAAGUGGCUGCAAGUAUGGCCAGCCAAGGAGUUCACUGGCGCUUCAAUCCGCCUCUCGCUCCGCACUUUGGCGGCGUAUUUGAGUCUGUGGUCAAGGCAGCAAAGCGCGCAAUGAUGGCAACUCUGUCCCAGGCCAAUCUCACUGAUGAGGAACUUGUAACUGCCAUGGUGAGUGCGGAAGGCCUGCUCAACUCGCGUCCGUUGACCGCUGUCCGGACUGACGUGGAUGACGCCGCACCACUAACACCGAUGCACUUCCUAGCUGGACAGUGCGAGCUGACUCUGCCACUCGAAGAAGUCGCUGAGUUGCACCCACAGCGUCGUUGGCGGCUCCUCCAACAGCUCCUACGCCAGGUAUGGCGGCGAUGGCUUCGAGAAAUAUUGCCUCGGCUGAAUGUGCUUCAGCAAUGGUCUCGACGCAGCCGCAACAUGAAGCCCGGUGACAUUGUCCUCUGCAUGGACAAGUCUACUCCAAGAGGGCGUUGGCCGCUAGCCAAAGUGAUAGAAGUGUUCCCCGGAUCUGAUGGAUUGGUCCGUGUAGUGAACAUCAGAAUUGGUGCCAAGCAGUCCAAGCGGCCGAUAACGCAGUUGGUGCCGUUGGAAGUUGAACCCAUCGAUGAAGAUACCGGUCCGUAUAAUGAUCUCACGACUUCCGAUUAG